CUUCCCCACCCCGAGCUUCCCUUCCCCUCCUCUCCCCUCUCCCACCACUACGCCUCUCCGUUCCCACGCCCAACCACAACAAUGUCUGAUGCCAAGCCCACAGAAUACGUCACCCUCGUCUCCAACGACGGCUAUGAAUUCAAAAUCCUGCGCUCCGCCGCCUGCAUCGCCGGAACCAUCAAGAAAGCUCUGGACCCACUGUCUGGCUUCCGAGAAAACACGCAGAAUCGCGUCGAUUUGCCUACGAUAAACGGCGUCGUUCUAGAAAAAGUCUGCGAAUACCUCUACUACAACCAGAAGCAUGCGGAGAGCAAGGAUGUACCGGAUAUGGAGAUACCGCCUGAGCUGUGCCUGGAGUUGCUGAUCGCGGCCGAUUAUCUGGAUGUGUGAGAGACUGUAUUGCGCUCGGCACGUUUCUUGUGUCGUCGUCCACGGAUUCGCCAUAGGGUGUUGGGAGAAAGGAUAAUACGGCGGAGAGCACUGAAAUACCCAACCAUAGAGCUUUGCCUGUGGAAGGAUAGUGAAACGUAAGUAGAGACGAUAGAGCGCACGAGUAGUAUCACGAUAGCCAAAGCCCAGGCUUCAAUGCAUUCGUACGAUAAAGAGACGACAAGAUCGUGCCGAGAAAGAGGCUAAAAUGCGUAGGGCGCUCAGUUCCACUUCUCCUCAACUACG